AUGGAAAGCGAAACUGUUAGAACUGAAGAUACGGUGAAUUUAAUUGGAGAUACGUCAGAGAGUAAUACUAAAAUACGCGACCUGGCUCAGAUGUAUGGCAUGAUCGGACAUACCUGUUCUAUGAUCGGUAAAAUUUUCAGCCUCCAGAUUCUUACGAUACUUAUGAGUGUGUUUAUAUUAUUAAUUACCAUCAUGUACACCAGUCUCAUCGUUUACCAAACUUCAAUGGAUGUCUUUGGUCAAACGGUAAAUGCAAUAGUUUCAUUUUCCUUUUGGAUUUUUUACUUGGCUUUCAUGUCAUUCAAAUGUGAACGAUUACUCUCAGUACGCAACGAAACAAAAAUUCUUUUAAACAAAAUCAUCAUGAACUAUGAUCUGCCGACGACAAUGAGAGAUCAAGCUAAAGCGUUCAUGCAACUCGUGGAGGCGUGGCCGUUGCGUAUCCACAUUUACGAUAUGUUCUCAGUAGACAUAACGCUAAUGUUGAAAUUUAUAAGUGUGGCCACAACUUACUUUAUUGUAGUUAUUCAAGUAGUAAAUUUUUCUUAG